GCGCUUUGCGGGCCGGGCUAGGCGCGCGUGGCUUGGCCCUUUGCUCCUGUCAUGGCUCUGAGCGAGGCGGCCAGGCUCCGGGCCGAGAUCGGCCGCAGGGAACAGGAGCUGGGCGCCCUGCAGGGGCAGCUGGCCGCCGUCCUGGCGAGAGAGGCUGCUGAGGAGCCGGCGGCGGGGCCGGCGCUGCCCCUCUUGGAGGCGAGGGCCUCCCUCCGCCCGGCGGAGAUCCUGCGCUACAGCCGGCAGCUAGUGCUCCCCGAGCUGGGAGUGCGAGGGCAGCUGCGCCUGUCCCGCUGCGCCGUGCUGGUGGUGGGCUGCGGCGGGCUGGGCUGCCCCCUGGCCCAGUAUUUGGCGGCCGCCGGCAUCGGCCGCUUGGGGCUGGUAGAUCACGAUGUGGUGGAGAUGAGCAACCUGCACCGGCAGGUCCUGCACGGGGAAGCUAGGGAAGGGCUGCCUAAGGCCCUGUCUGCAGCUGCCGCCCUGCGGCAGCUGAACUCCACGGUGCAGUAUGUGCCCUACCACCUGGCCCUGAGCCCAGGCACUGCCCUGGAGCUGGUCCGGCAGUACGACGUGGUGGCCGACUGCUCAGACAACGUCCCCACCAGGUACCUGGUCAGUGAUGCGUGUGUCCUCGCUGGGAAGCCGCUUGUAUCAGCCAGUGCUCUCCGCCUGGAGGGGCAGCUGGUCGUGUACAACUACCGAGGGGGACCCUGCUACCGCUGUCUCUUCCCAAAGCCUCCUCUACCGGAGACAGUGACCAACUGUGCAGAUGGGGGAGUCCUGGGUGUUGUGCCAGGCAUCAUGGGGUGCAUCCAGGCCUUGGAGGUGCUGAAGAUAGCUUCAGGGAUAGGUUCUGCCUUCAACCAGUUCAUGCUAAUGUUCGAUGCCCUUGAAGGCAGAUUUCGCAACAUCAAGUUAAGACCCAGGAAACCAGACUGUGCCAUUUGUGGUGACAAGCCAACUCUGACCAGCCUACAGGAUUAUGAAGCAUUCUGUGGUUCAUCAGCAACAGACAAGUGUAGAACUUUAUGCCUACUGCCAAGUGAACAAAGGAUAUCUGUAGAGGAGUACAAAAAGCUACUGGAUGAGCAAGUUCCUCAUAUACUGGUAGAUGUUCGUCCACAGGUAGAAGUGGACAUUUGUUAUCUUGUACACUCUGUACAUAUUCCUUUAAGUAAACUAGAAGGAAAAAAUGAAGAAUGUUUGAAAUUUUUAGAAAAAAGAAUAUGUGAAGAAAAGCAAAGAACUAAUGGCAAAAUGACUUUCCCUGUAUAUGUUAUUUGCAAACUAGGAAAUGACUCCCAGAAGGCUGUGCGAGUUUUACAGGAGUUGUCUGACAAAGAACUUGGUUUGAUAUUGGCUAAGGAUAUCAGAGGGGGGCUUAUGGCUUGGGCUAGCAAAAUUGAUCCAUCGUUUCCCCAGUACUAACAUUCUACAUAUCAGAAUAGAAAUUAUCAUAAAUUUCUACCGCUCAAUGGUCUAGUUUUAUACCUGCUCAGUUUAGUAACUACUAUAGUGCAUGUGCAAAAUGGGGAGAAGAUACCACAAAGUUAUGUGUUAAGUGCUUUCCAUGUUAUCUUCUAAAAAUUCUGUAUAUGUUUGAAAUUAAUUUCUCUUUGUUAACAUUCUAAACGUUUGUAUAAAAGAAAUAAUAUACUUGGGGUUUUUUGUUUUUGAAAUGUGGAAGUUUGGUCUGGUGAAUUGAACAUUGAUGUGGGAACUAAUGGGUAGCAAUUUUGGUUCUGAAAGUGACGCACUUGUUGCACUUUGAAAAUCUUUACCAAUUCACCUAUUACUGGUCUAGCACCAUUUCAGCUCCCUUGAUACUAACAAUGGAGAAAGCUUUAAGGGCGCAGUGGUAAAAAUUGCACUAGCACUUCUGCCAUUGAUAACAUCCAGGGUGAUGAAUCAGUGAUAGACCAGUGAGAUGUCACGAAGCUGGAAUGGGUUGCAAACACUUCAGAGAACAGAACUAGAAUUCAAAAUGAUCUUGAUAAAUUGGAGAAUUGGUCUGAAACAACAAGAUGAAAUUCAAUAAAGACAAGUUGAAAGUACUACACUUAAGGAAAAAUCAAAUCAUACAAAAGGGGAAAUAACUGGCUAGGCAGCAAUGCAGCAGAAAAGGAUCUGCGUUUAUAGUGGAUAACAAGUUGAAUGAGUUAACAGUGUGAUGCUGUUUCAAAAAACACAAUCGCUAUUCUGGGAUGUAUCAAAAGGAAUGUCCUAUGUAAAACAUGAGAGGUACCUGUUCUGCUGUGCUCUUUAGUGGUGAGGUCUCAGCUAGAGUAUAGUGUCCGGUUUUGAGUGCCAAACUUUUAAGAACAAUGGACACAUUGGAGAGAGUCCAGAGGAGAAGGACAACAAUAAGAUGUUUAGAAACCAUUACAUAUGAAGAAAGGUUGAAAGAACUGGGCAUGGUUAGCCUAGAAAAGGCUGAGGGGGAACAUAAGUCUUCAAACAUGUGUAAAAGAUUGUUGUGAAGAGGAUGGUGAUCAGUUGAAUAGGAAUAAGAUAGGAUAAGAUAAAAAAUAAUAGGCUUAGUUUGCAACAAGGGAGAUUUAUGUUGGAUAUUGAGAAAAGCUUUGUAUAAGGCUAGUUAAGCACUGGAACAGGUUACCUAGGGAAACUGUGGAAUCCCUGUCCUUGGAGAUUUUUAAGAACAAGGUUAGCCAAAACACCUGUCAGGAAUGGUCUAAGUAUACUUAAUCCUGCCUCAGUGUAGAGAGGAUGUACUAGAUGACAUCUUGACGUCCCUUCUAAUGCUACAUUUCUAUGAAGACUGCUUUAGACAAGUCACUUAAUUUUUUAUUUUAUUUUUACUUUUCACAACUAUAAUAUUGCUUCACAGCUGCUGCUCUUUCUAGUGCUGUCUGAAAAUGAUAAGUGUGAUGAAAGUGUUGAGUAUUAUGAAAGACAAAUUAUCACUGCACCAGGGCAAGGACAGUAGAGCUACCACACUCGCUGUAACAAAACCACAGAGGAUCACUUCCUUGUUCAGAGACUGUUCCUGGAAAGCAGCCAAGUAUAAAGCUAAACUCCAGGUCUCAUGACAUCUCUAUAGUACCACUAUACUAGAACAUUUGUAGACUGCUCUAGAAGCAGCUUUAAAAAACAACAAACAUCAAUGCCAACUCUGCCCACAUAUUUACACCAGCAACACCAUCACAGGACCUAACCAGCUCAGCCACAUCAUCACCGGUUCAUUCACCUGCACAUCCACUAAUGUUAUAUACACCAUCAUGUGCCAGCAAUGCCCCUCUGCUAUGUACAUUGGCCAAACUGGACAAUCACUAUGUAAAAGGAUAAACAGACACAAGUCAGAUAUUAGGAAUGGCAAUAUACAAAAACCUGUAGGAGAACAAAUCAAUCUCCCUGGACACACAAUAGCAAAUUUAAAGGUAGCCAUCCUGCAGCAAAAAAACUUUGGGACCAGACUUCAAAGAGAAACUGCUAAACUUCAGUUAAUUUGCAAAUUUGACACCAUCAGCUCAGGAUUAAACAAAGACUGUGAAUGGCUAGCCAACUGCAAAAGCCGUUUCUCCUCCCUUGAUAUUCACACCUCAGCUGCCAGAAGAGGGCCUCAUCCUCCCUGAUUGAACUAACCUUGUUAUCUGUAGGCUGAUUCUUGCCUGCAUAUUUAUAUGUGCCUCUGGAAAUUUCCACUACGUGCGUCUGGCGAAGUGGGUAUUCACCCACGAAAGCUUAUACUCCAAUACGUCUCUUAGACUAUAAGGUGCCACAGGACUCUUUGUCGCUUUUUAAAACACAAACAAAUUUCCAAUUAAAUUGAAUAAUAGAAUUAAAUAUUUUUUUAAAGAAAUUACACACAGUUGACCAGAAUCAGUCACAUAUAUGCAUGCUUAUUUGACUUGGGUGGCAAUUGUGGUAAGUGUGUGUAGUUUGAAAAUUUGUGUAAAGGCUAUGUAAAAAUAUAAAGUGGUUUGUACACUGAUCUAAAAAUAUUAAGCACUAUAUAAAGUGCUACAUAUUGGGA